AUGCCCAAUAGCACCAACGGCAGCCAUGCCCUCCCUCCUGGCGUCAUUAAUCCGGAAACACCAUUUGCGUAUUUGACUCCAACUCUGGCGGAGCAAUUCGAGUCCACUAGACACAUUAAUGUCGCCGCUCUUAGUGCCUGGAUAUGGGACACGAUUGUGUCAACGCCACAGGACUAUGCGCUCCUGUUCAAGCAUAAGAUAAAUUUACCGACGGCCGUCUAUUUCCUCUCAAAAAUAUUUUCUCUCGCUUAUAUAACAACGUCCACGAUAUUCGUAGUAUCACCCGUCGGGUCGUGCCAAGCCUUGCAAGUAGCUUUGGGCAUAUGCUACAUCUUUGCCGUCUCUUCGUCGUCGCUGCUGUUCAUUUUUCGUGUCCGAGCAGUGUUCCACUUCCAACCAAUGGUUGUCUACCUGUUCUACUUUCUAUGGGUUGCUGUCCUGGGAUCCGCCAUGAUAAUUCCGUUUUCGAUCGCCGGAACGCAUAUAGGGCCGACAAGGAUGUGUAUCAAUACAGAGGUCAAGCCCUAUACCUCUGCCGCAGUCAUCAUCAACGGUGUCAACGAUACCUUAGUGUUCCUGGCAAUCUCAUGGUGUUUAUUGACUAUGAAUCUUGUGGAUUAG